AUGCGGUGGCUGGCCCGUCUAGAUGUCUUUCCAAAGUUCGAUGCGAAGUUCGAGCAGGACGCGCGGCAGCGGACGGCGGUCGGCGCCGCCUUUUCGCUUCUCUCCCUCCUCAUCAUCGCCGCACUCGUGGUGGGGGAGGUCCGCUACUUCUUCUCCACCGUCGAGCAGCACGAGAUGUACGUUGACCCCAACCUCGGCGGCAUGAUGGACAUCACCGUGAACAUCACCUUCCCGCGGGUCCCGUGCGACCUCAUCACCGCGGACGCCGUGGACACCUUCGGCAACUUCGCCGAGGACGUGGAGCGCGACACGGUCAAGACGCGCGUGGACUCGCGCACGCUGCACAAGAUCAGCGAGGCACGCCCGCUGGUGGACGAGAAGAAGAAGCUGACCAAGGCCCUCGACCCCGACGGCGCGGAGAAGGAGAACUGCCCGAGCUGCUACGGGGCGGAGCCGGAGCCGGGGGCCUGCUGCCACACCUGCGACGACGUCCGUCGCGCGUACGCCCAGCGGAAGUGGGUGUUCAACGAGGAUGACAUCAGCGUGGCGCAGUGCGCCGAGGAGCGGCUGCGCAAGGCCUCGCUUCUGAGCAGCCAGGAGGGGUGCAACUUGUUUGCCAGGUACAAUGUGGCCCGCGUGACGGGGAACAUUCAUUUUGUGCCGGGGCGCAUGUUCAGCGUGAUGGGCCAGCACCUGCACGACUUUAAGGGGAAAAUGGUGCGGGAGCUGAACCUCAGCCACAUUGUGCACACCCUCGAGUUCGGUGCGCGGUUUCCGGGGCAGUUGAACCCGAUGGACGGCCUCGUGAACACGCGCGGCGCCGUGGACGCGACGCAGGAGGUGAACGGCCGCUUCAGCUACUUUGUGAAGGUUGUCCCGACACAGUACCAGGUGGCCUCCCUCCUCGGGGUUGGCAAGGUGGUGGAGUCCAACCAGUACUCCGUCACGCAUCAUUUUACCGCCAGCCCGAGGAAUGGCUCGGCGGCGGCGGAAGCGGGAACAAACCCCCAGUUGGUGCCUGGGGUGUUUAUCACGUACGACUUGUCGCCCAUCAAAGUCUUUGUGCUGGAGACGCACCCGUACUCCUCGUUUGUGCAUCUGCUGCUGCAGCUGUGCGCGGUGGGGGGCGGGGUGUUUACGGUGGCUGGCAUCGUGGACGCCGCCGUUUUCCACGGCGUCCGCCGCGUGCAGCGCAAGAUGCAGGAAGGGAAGCAAAGCUAA